CCGUCAGUAGCUUCAGUUGACACUUGGCAGGUGGUGGGGAGGGACGUACACGCUCUCUCUCAACUCCGGCAUGACUCGUCUACGGAAAGUGUGGGCGGCGAGGGUGGUGGUGGUGAUGGGCGUACUAGUGGCUACCCUACAUGGGGCCACGCUACCCAGGACCCCCGCCCACUCCUACACCCUCAACCAUGCAUCCAGCAACCAUACACAUCCAGAAGGAGGGGAGGACCCGCAUCCCGAGGGCGUGGCGGGCCAGAAGGUACCUGCCAAAGGGAUGAAGGAGCUGCUGGAGUUCCUGCAGCUGGAGGCUCUUGAUGCUCACGACCCGAGGAUCAGCCAGCCUGGAGGACUUAAGAUGGCCUCUCACACUGGCGACGAUUUGGUCUUUACCAGAGACCCCCGGGGGAAGGUUAACGUCAAUGGGUCGCCAGUGGAGGGCCUGAAGACGUUAGAUGAUGGUACCAAGAUUUACACCCUGGAGCGCUUCCUGGAAGACCACAAGGACCGCCUGGAUGAAGCCUUCCAGUUCCUCAGCUCCCAUGCCAGUGAGACCAGGCCGUCAUCCUCACUUCUCGGCAAGGCGUCACAAGAGCAUGCAGGCGAGCCAUCCGUGGGACCAGUGCAGGUACCUCGACCCUCCUCCGUUGAAAAAGAUGACACUGCUCGCUAUUCUGUCGUGGUCAGUCAAGUGACGGAAAUCUCAUCUGAAACGUCCCCUCCAAUAACGGCCUUCUCUCAGCUCAAAGACAUCAUCCCAGUUACUGAAUCCAUUGCAUCUGUCCCUGAAGAUAUCCUCCCUCUUACUGAAUCUCUUAAUGUCGCAUAUGUUCCAGAAACUCAGUCCCUUGUUGAACCAAAUCUGGUCACAGAAACCUUUGAUGGAUAUUCGCCUUCCACUACCACUGAAGUAGUACUUGAUUAUGAAAAUUUCAAAGCAAUGCCAAUGGGCGACUUUAGUUAUGGAUUAUUACCCGAGGAAAAGAUGCUAUAUGCAGAUAAUUUAGAGACACCAACAAACAGAGAACCCAACCCUGAGAUGGAUGAUUCUGUUCUGCUUCUUCAGGAUUCUACAUUGAAUGCUCACACACCAGAUGGAAAACUUGAUUUUAUUCCAUUGGAGGAACCAGAGCAAGAAAUUGAUGAUAAUCCAAGCAGAGAAGCUAAAUCGCUAAGCGCAAGUUACGAUGUGCCUGAUGGAGUUGAAGACUCAAAUACUACAGAGCCUGUGUCAGCAAUUGAAAUAGCAGCAGAUACUAACCCGAGUACUGAAAUUUCGUUUGAGAGCUCCGCUGGUUCUGUAUCAAGCUCUGAAAUCUCACCUGAAGCAUCUGUGGAUACAGCUGUACUCUCAGAAGCAGAAGAUAACCUUCAUCUUACAACUAACAGCCCUUCUGUGUUCACUGUCCAUGAAGUGGAAGUACCUGAAACAAACAAAACCAUUCCUCUAUCCAAAGUCAUUGAACCUGAAAGAGAUGAACGAGCUUUUGAUGAAGAAGAUGCAGUAAUUGAAAUUAAAACACAGGCACUUGAAAAACACCUAAUAUCAUCAGAUGCAGUUACUGCAGAGCUUCAAACAGUGGAAUCAAUUUCCGAAAUUGACGUUCCAGAGGAAACAGAAUUGGCAGAAUCUGAAUUAGAGGCUCCAGUGUCAGAAGCAGACAUUACACUGCCUGUAACAGAGAUAUCUCUUUCAAAAGCAGAUAUUACAGUGCCUUUAACAGAAAAAUCGCUUUCAGAAUCAGAUAUUACAGAGCCGGAAACAAAAGUACUACAGCCUGAAUCUGAAUCUGAACCAGAGGUGGGAGUGUCUGGUAUGGCAGUGAAGAUUGGCAGGAUUCCCCCUCUAGUAGAGGAAUUUGAGGCUUCCACACUGAUUGACCUGUGGCACCAUGCCCUCACAAACCAGGAUGCAUUGACUUCUCCCAAAGACUCUGCAGAUCCGAUGACAAUUCUGUCACCCGACUACCUGGAGGUGGUGAAGCUGGUGGUACAGGAUGCCUCUCACCCGCUCUAUGGCAGCAGUGCUGACAACCAGGCUCUCCGUUCUAAGUUCCUGCUCGACUACUUGGUACUCAAUCCCGUGAUUGACCAGGAUCCCAGGCUGGCUCAACCCGAGGGGCUCACCAUCACUAACAUGGCUGGCAAGGAACUCACAUUCAAGGUGGAUAAGCAGGGUAACAUUGUGGUCAACGACAUCCCUGUGGUGGGUCAUCAGAUCCUUCCUGACGGGACGCAAGUUUACAUUCUGAGUGACUUCCUUUUUGACCACAGAGCCAUAGUAUACCAGUCCUCACCCCCGCUCGACAACCCAGACACCACCCUCACUCCCGACACUUGGGAUCAAGCUCAAGAAUCAACAACCAGAACAGAAGAAUCGAGUACAGUCCUGCUUCCUGAUGCACCAGAAGCUGAUGUUGAAUCACCUAGCGAUUCGGAGCAGGCUGAGAGCUUGUUGCUGGUGGUUCCACCUAUGCCAGCCACCCUGGAGUCCAGGACCUCCUCCCUGUACAAUCUCUGGCGUCACACCUUAAGAAACCAAGGAUCUGCUGUUGCCACUAAUGACUCCACAGUUCCAGGGACCGUGGUAUCACCUGGCCAUGGGGUGAUGGUAACCUUGAUUCCUCAGGAUGCUCCCAACCCUCUCUACGACAACAGCGACCGCAACUCGGCCCUACGUGCACGUUUCCUGCUUGACUACUUUGUGCAUGACCCGAUAAGGGCCAAUGACCCCAGGCUGGCCCAACCAGAUGGGCUCACUGUUACCAACCUUGCUGGGAAAACUCUUACCUUCAAGAGAGAUGCUGAUGGAAAGAUGACUGUGAAUGGCAUUAGCGCGACUCAAGUGGAGCAGCUGCCAGACGGGACUGUGGUGUACACUGUCGAUGAAUUCCUCUUUGACCACAGAGCUCUGGUGGAGGAUGCCUUCAAGCAGCUCCUUAGAGAGAAUCUUGCUGUGGGCAUCGUUCCACUUCCAAGUGCGCGAGAACUUGAGGUGUCAGAACCCAUAAAUGAGACACCAGCGGCUCAUAAUGUGGCAGUCGUGCCUGAAAUACCCCAAGUUGUGGAGGAGGAUGAUUCCCUGCCAUUACUCAACCUGUGGCGCCAUGCACUCUGGAGCCAAGAUUCUUCGCUCUCUCUCAGAGACGCACAAGUCCCUAUGAUGCUUCUAUCACCCGACUUCUUCACAAUGAUGAACUUGGUACCUCAAGAUGUAGCGCACCCUCUGUAUGACGACAGUGAUGAGAAUGUAGCUCUCCGAACAGAGUUCCUACUUGACUACCUUGUUCAGGACCCUUUGGACACCCAUGAUCCCAGGACAACCGCUCCAGAGGGUAUCACUGUAACCAACCUUGCCGGGAAGAAACUCACAUUUAAAGCACAUGCCGAUGGAACUGUCAGUGUAAAUGGCAUCCCAAUAGAAACAGCUGAGGAACUGACUGAUGGAACUCAAGUUUACAUUCUGACUGACUUCCUAUUUGACCAUCGGGCAAGAGUAGGGGAGGCUUUUGAGCGACUGAACUCGAGAGUCAACACGAACUACUUCACUAAUCAAUUUGAAUCUGCAGUAGAGGUGCCAGUGACUGAUGAAGGGGUGCCAGUGUCUGAAGGAGGAUCACCAGUGUCUGAUGAAAGGGUGCCAGCAUUUGAAGGGGAAGCACCAGUGUCUGUUGAAAGGGUGCCAGCAAUUGAAGGGGAAGCACCAGUGUCUGUUGAAGGGGUGCCAGCAAUUGAAGGGGAAGCACCAGUGUCUGUUGAAAGGGUGCCAGCAAUUGAAGGGGAAGCACCAGUGUCUGUUGAAAGGGUGCCAGCAAUUGAAGGGGAAGCACCAGUGUCUGUUGAAGGGGUGCCAGCAAUUGAAGGAGGAGCACCAGUGUCUGUUGAAAGGGUGCCAGCAAUUGAAGGGGAAGCACCAGUGUCUGUUGAAGGGGUGCCAGCAAUUGAAGGGGAAGCACCAGUGUCUGUUGAAAGGGUGCCAGCAAUUGAAGGGGAAGCACCAGUGUCUGUUGAAAGGGUGCCAGCAAUUGAAGGGGAAGCACCAGUGUCUGUUGAAGGGGUGCCAGCAAUUGAAGGAGGAGCACCAGUGUCUGUUGAAAGGGUGCCAGCAAUUGAAGGGGAAGCACCAGUGUCUGUUGAAGGGGUGCCAGCAAUUGAAGGAGGAGCACCAGUGUCUGUUGAAAGGGUGCCAGCAAUUGAAGGAGGAGCACCAGUGUCUGUUGAAAGGGUGCCAGCAAUUGAAGGGGAAGCACCAGUGUUUGUUGAAAGGGUGCCAGCAAUUGAAGGGGAAGCACCAGUGUUUGUUGAAAGGGUGCCAGCAUUUGAAGGGGAAGCACCAGUGUCUGUUGAAGGGGUGUCAGCGUUUGAAGGGGAGGCACCAGUGUAUGAUGAAGGGGUGUCAGCGUUUGAAGGGGAAGCACCAGUGUAUGAUGAAGGGGUGCCGGCAUUUGAAGGAGGAGCACCAGUGUCUGUUGAAGGGGUGUCAGCGUUUGAAGGGGAAGCACCAGUGUAUGAUGAAGGGGUGUCAGCGUUUGAAGGGGAAGCACCAGUGUAUGAUGAAGGGGUGUCAGCGUUUGAAGGGGAAGCACCAGUGUAUGAUGAAGGGGUGUCAGCGUUUGAAGGGGAAGCACCAGUGUAUGAUGAAGGGGUGUCAGCAUUUGAAGGAGAAGCACCAGUGUAUGAUGAAGGGGUGUCAGCGUUUGAAGGAGAAGUACCAGUGUAUGAUGAAGGGGUGUCAGCGUUUGAAGGGGAAGCACCAGUGUAUGAUGAAGGGGUGUCAGCGUUUGAAGGAGAAGCACUAGUGUCUGAUGGCGGGGUGCCAGCAUUUGAAGAAGGAUCACUAGUGUCUGUCAAAAGGGUGCCAGCGUUUGAAGGAGGAUCACCAGUGUUUGACAAAGGUGUGCUGGUAUCUGACAUGGAGAUACCACUGUCCAAACCAGAGGUUCUAGCACGUGAAGGCAACAUAUCAGAAUCAGAAGCAGAAGAGCCACUAUCUGAAGCAGAUGUGCCAUUAUCUGAAGCAGAUGUGCCAUUAUCUGAAGCAGAUGUGCCACCAUCUGAAGCAGAUGUGCCACUAUCUGAAACAGAUGUGCCACUAUCUGAAGCAGAUGUGCCAUUAUCUGAAGCAGAUGUGCCACUAUCUGAAGCAGAUGUGCCACUAUCUGAAGCAGAUGUGCCACUAUCUGAAGCAGAAAUACCAAUGUCUGCACCAUAUGACCUGGUAUUUGAAGCAGAGUUGCCAUUAUCUGAAGCAGAGAUAAAGGUUUUGGAAGAAAGGGUGCCUGUGGUAGAAUACAAGGUACCACUCUAUGAAGCAGAAGUAGCACUGUCUGAAACAGAGGUUCCACUGCAUGAAGCAAAGAUUUCAGACCUUAAAGCAGAGGUACCACUGUCUGAAAGAAAUGUUUCAUGGUCUGAAGCAAAGGUUCCACUUUCUGAAGCAGAGAUUUCAUACCCUGAAGCAGAUCUUGAAUCGGAGGCUACACUGUCUGAAGCAGAGGUUCCAUUGCCUAAAAUAAAUGUUCCACUGUCAGAAGCAGAGGUUGAGCUGUCUGAAAUAAACGUUCCUCUGUCUGAAUCAGAGGAUCCAUUGUCUGAAAUAAAUGUUCCACUGUCUGAAGCAGAAGUUCCAUUGUCUGAAACAAAUGUUCUACUGACUGAAACAAAUGUUCCACUGUCUGAAACAAAUGUUCCACUGUCUGAAAGAGAGGUUCUACUGUCUGAAGAAAAUGUUCCACUGUCUGAAACAAAUGUUAAUCUGUCUGAAGCAGCAUUGCAAGAACGUGAAACAGAAACACUGGUGUUUGAGGAAGAAUUCCCAUUGUCUGAAACAUAUGAAAUACCAAUAUCGAUUGAAGCUCCAGUGCCCAAAGCUCACCAACCAGGGUUUGAAGCAGAUGUAUCAGAAUCUGCAGCAAAGGUAGACAUGUCUGAGUCAGAGGCACCCAUUUUGGAAGCAGAAGCAUUAGAAUAUAUAGAAAAAGCACCAGUACUUGUUGAAGUGUCAGAACAUAUAGAAGAGGCACCAGUGCCUGUAGCAUUGCCAGAACGGGAGGAGUUACCAGUGCUUGCUGAAGUGUCAGAACAUAUAAAAGAGGCGCCAGUGCCUGUAUCAUUGCCAGAACGUGAGGAGGCACCAGUGCUUGUUGAAGUGUCAGAACAUAUAGAAGAGGCACCAGUGCCUGUAGCAUUGCCAGAACGUGAGGAGGCACCAGUGCUUGUUGAAGUGCCAGAACAUAUAGAAGAGGCACCAGUGCCUGUAGCAUUGCCAGAACGUGAGGAGGCACCAGUGCUUGUUGAAGUGUCAGAACAUAUAGAAGAGGCACCAGUGCCUGUAGCAUUGCCAGAACGUGAGGAGGCACCAGUGCAUGUUGAAGUGCCAGAACAUAUAGAAGAGGCACCAGUGCCUGUAGCAUUGCCAGAACGUGAGGAGGCACCAGUGCUUGUUGAAGUGUCAGAACAUAUAGAAGAGGCACCAGUGCCUGUAGCAUUGCCAGAACGUGAGGAGGCACCAGUGCUUGUUGAAGUGCCAGAACAUAUAGAAGAGGCACCAGUGCCUGUAGAGGUGCCAAAACAUAAAGAGGCACCAGUGCUUUUAGAUGCACCAGAACUUGGAGAAGAGGCACCAUUGCAUGUAGAAGUAACAGAUCUUAGAGAAGAGGCAUCAGUGCCUGUAGAAGUACCAGACCUUGGAGAAGAGGCACUAGUGCCAGAAGAAUUACUACACCAUGGAGAAAAGGCACCAGUACUAGUCUCAGAAGCACAAGACUCUGAAGCAGAAACUCUAGUGUCUGAAGUAAAUGAAUCCCUGACUCAAGCAAAUCCAGUUCCUGAGGUCGUUCCUGAGACAAAAUUACAAGUUCCUGAAGUGGAUUUACCCAUCUCUGAAGCAGAAGUAUCCAUCUUUGAAACAAAUGAGCCUACUUUUGAAGCAGAAGUACCCACAUCUGAAACACACAAGCCUACCUUUGAAGCAAAAGUACCCACAUCUAUAACACACGAGCCUACCUUUGAAGCAGAAGUACCCACAUCUGAAACACAAGAGCCUACCUUUGAAGCAGAAGUACCCACAUCUGAAACACACGAGCCUACCUUUGAAGCAGAAGUACCCACCUCUGAAACACACGAGCCUACCUUUGAAGCAGAAGUACCCACCUCUGAAACACACGAGCCUACCUUUGAAGCAAAAUUACCCACAUUUGAAAUAGAUGAACCCUCAGUUAGAAAAGAGCAUCCCACAAGUGAAUCAGAACUACCAACAUCUGCAGUAGAUACCCCAUUGAUCUCCAAGGAAGCAUCUGUGGCAGAGGCAACACUGACACUCCCCAGCAUCCCCCUGCUUGUGGAGGAGGCUAACCCCUCGCUCCUGGCUUUCUGGGACCGGGCCCUUACCUUCCAAGACUACUCAUCUACAUAUAAGCCCAAGACUAUUCUCUCACCCGCUCACCAUGUAAUGGUGAACUUGGUGCCUCAAGAUGCUCCACACCCUCUUUAUGAUUCCAGUCCCGAGAAUGUGGCUCUCCUUACUCAGUUUGUAGCAGAUCACCUCGUCCAAGAGUCAGUCAGCGGCCAGGACCCCAGGAUGGCGCAACCUCAGGGUCUCACUCUUACUAACCUUGGAGGACAUGAGCUCACUUUUAAAAAUGGUGAUGAUGGCAAAAUAACUGUAAAUGGCAUAUCUGUAGAGGAAGUUGUGACUCUUGCUGACGGAACAAAGAUGCUCAUCCUAUCCGACUUCCUUUUCAACCAUCAAGCCAAAGUUGAUGAGGCUUUCCAUAAACUUUUAAGUCAUCGGAGAAGGUCUAGUCAGCUUCAUAAACGUUCGACUGAAUUUACUGUCCUGUAGAGCAGGGCAAAGCAUAACAAUUGCUUACUCCAAGAUGGAUAAAUGCAGAUGUGAUAAGUGAAAGUCACUCAGAUUAUCGGCCCCAAAUGCAGGAAUCGCUGGCACAUAUCUAGUCAUAAAAGAUAGAAAUGAAAUGUUUGUGAUCAUUCUAUGUCACUGAUGGUGAGGCAUUGUUCUUUAAUCCAAGAAAAUUGACUUCUUUUGUAAAGUUUGACAAUGAGAACAAAAUGAUAUCCCCCCCCCCAGGCAAAUCUGGGCAAAUGCCAUUGAUGUAAUGUUGAAUCAACAUUCAUCUAAUGUUAACAUUGAUCCUAUGUCAACAAUAAUAUAACUGAUUUAAAAUUUCUCAAGCCUAUUUUGCCCAGUGGGGAUUCACUAAUUUCACACAUAUAGGUAAGUGUUGUGCCUUUGAAACUACUUAAUGAGCAAGGUAAUUUGAGGUGCAGUAGUUGAGUAUUCCUAUGAAACGAUUUUGUUUGUGUGUGUGUGUGUUUUUGUUUGUGUGUGUGUGUGGUUGUGGUGUCAUUUUGUGUCAAAUGUGUUUGCUUGUGUGAUUGAUAUUUAAAUGAGUGAAAUUAUUAAUUUUUUAAUAAUGGCAAAAGCUAAAAAAAAAUUGGAUGUAAGUUUAUAUUUACUGAAUUUUAAUGGAACAUUGAAUGUGAGUGUUUAUUAAAGUUUUCAAAACUG